AUGAAGAUUGUACUCUUUGUGCUUGUGGUUUCAGGUGUGUUUAGUUAAAUUUCACAUUUUUCUGUGAACUUUCUAAUCCCUAGAAUAACAUUUUAAUAAGAAUUAUUUUCUGUCUCUAGGUAUCCCGCCUCUAAAAGGGCAGCAGAGGAUCAAGGAGUUUGAACACAUUCAGCUCAGACUCGCCUUUCCUUCUUUUUACAACAGCUACAACAAGUCAUGCUGUAAACUGUAUCCAGGAGGGUGUUACAAGCUGCUGGACAGUGCAGGAUAUACCUGUGAUUUACUGAAAGGAAGAGUUACCAAAACAGAGAACAAUGGCUGGAUAGAGUUUAAAAUAUCCAAUGUGCAGAUUGUGGAUGGAGGAUAUUACAGAUGUAUCGUGCUGGGGACUGAAAACCACAUUUACAAAGAUUACUACGUGGAGAUAUCUGGUAAGAAUAACAUCCUUAAUUUUCUGUUAUCAUUUUUUAUUCAUAUGCCUCUUGUAUUUAUAAUAAAGGAGAAAAAUGCACUGUUGCAGCAUCAUAGGAUACAUUUUUACAUGCAAACUGAAAAUUGAAGGUAAUUUACUGUCUAAAAAACAGGGAAUGACUGUAAAAUUUUAGUGCAGCAAUCAUCUCUUGAAGCUUGUGUGGUACUCUUACAUGUCGCAGAGGUUUCAGGUCACUACAGCCAGUCAUAUCCUUCAACAACAACAACAACUGCAACUCAAACAACAACAACUGUAACAACAACAACAACUACAACAGCAACAACAUCUGCAACCAAAGCACCGAACACUACCACAACUCUCCCAGAACCCACUGGGCCUGCUAUGGCUGAGGAUCGCAGUGACAGUCCCAGGUUUCCACUCUGCACAUAACAGACUUUCUUUUGCUCUCUAACCAAACAGCACUAUCUGACCAACAUUUACAUUUUCAUCACAGAGUUCCCUGGAGUUUUGGUCUGCCACUGGCUGUCAUUGUGUCAAUCACAGCGAUGAUCUUGAUCACUUUGGUUAUCGGUGUCGUUUUCUGCAGAGUCAAGGCAAAACAUCAACGGUCAGGUAAGCAGAUACCUGGUGAGCAUUAUCACUUAAAACCCGCAUGCCCACUAGUAAAUCAUGUCUUUUGUGUACUAUUAUUUCUUUGCAGACAAAUAUGGAGACACCCAGCGUGAGUCACUAAAACAAGAAGCGUCGGUGAGUGCUAAAAUAAGAAACGUGCAGCCUCUGUGAUUCAUCAUCACUUGUUUUGAAGUGUUUAUUCUUGAAAACUUCCUCCACAGCAGUGUCUCUUGUUUGUCUCCCCAAGGACACCAGUGGCAUUGUCUACACCACAGUGGACUUCAGAGCGUACCAGAAACCAACAGAGGUGUCUGCAAAUCCCAGGACACACAAAACACAGUCCAGAGUCCCUGAAUCCAUUUGGAAAGCAGAGCAGGAUGGGAUGGUGGAGUACUCCACACUAGCAAUACACCAGUAAAGUCAGAGUCUAAAUUUAGAGGGGCAGACUUUACAGAUUAGUUUUUAUAGUUAUGGUAUUCUUCUUAGCUCGUGUGGACUAUGAGAGACAUUUGCCUGCUGUUUUGUUGCUUCAUGGGAAGGUUUUGAUCCAGCUGUUCUGUAACUUAAUAAUCAUGAUGUCUUCACCUGUUCUGGCUACUUUUUGUGAGUUUUUUAACCCCUUAACUUUACUGAUAUGUAUUAUAAUGUAUGUUGAGUGUGGUUGAAAAAAAUGAAAGAAAAGGGAUAAUACUUUAAUGAAAGAAAUCAACACUGCCUUUAUAAAGCCUGUUAUUCUCUAAAAUGAAGACUCAAUGUUUAUAUUUUUCUAUUUAAGGUGUUUUCUUCUCUGUCUGCUUUCUUAUCCCUGGGGUAAGACUGCAGACAGGUUGUCAGAUGCUGUCACCAGAUCAUCUUUCAUUGAAUCAGUGUUGGUCCUUAUCAGUUUCUUCUCUGUUACACCUUCAGUGGAAACCUUACUCUCUUUUUGCUAUUCUGAGCCACUCAAUGAUCUAUUCUCAACCUGCUCUUCCUUGGCUCACAAAAAGCUGGUGGCAGUUCCUUUUGUAUCAUCCAAGGAAGGUCAAGUUUCUCUAAAGAGCAGAUAAAAGAACAGAUUGGGUAAAUUCUAGUUCCUGUGACAUUUCAG